CAAGUUAUUCCAUAUAAAAAAGCAAAUGGGCUUGGGGCCGACCAUAUAACAUGGGUUUUAAAUUUGGAUCCUGUCUGGCCCAACACAAAGCUACAUGACAUCUGAGUCUUUGUCGUGUGCAAUUGUUUAGUUUUCUGGAAGCCAUAUGAUUAUUUGACACGAAGGAAGAAAAAGAAAAAAAGAAACAGAAAGACCGUCCGAAACCACAUAAUUUGGAUAGUCUCUUAGUUAGAAGAUUUUACCAGCAGUUGUUAGUCUUAUUAGAUAUAGGGGUUUUGCAAAAACGGUAGGCGGCGGUCAAUUGGUUGAAAGAAAUGAGGUACCGGUGUGUCCAAUGUGGACAUUAUCUAGAGACUCUCUAUGUGCAAUAUUCGCCAGGAAAUAUCCGCCUCAUGAAAUGUCAAAAUUGCAGAGCAGUUGCUGAUGAGUACAUUGAAUGUGAGAUCAUGAUUCUUCUAAUUGAUUUGAUUCUUCACAAGGCAAAGGCGUAUAGACAUCUGUUCUAUAACAUGUUUGACCGGGAAGCUAUGAACUUUGAGGGACUGAUGUGGAAGUUGACUUUUGGGUUUCUUCUCUUGGAUGCUUACAGAAUCUCUAUAUUAAUCACAAAUGAAGAGGGAUGGGGUGCAAAUCCAGGCUUAGAUUCAUUAAUUUGGGCUGGUGGAAAGAUAUUAUUGGAUACCAUUGUCGGAAAUAUUUUAUUCACUGGUAUAUUACUUUUUGGAACAAAAUCUUUAUUGAAUGUGUCCUCUGAAGCCUCUUCGUACAAAGACAUAUGGCUCGGGAUCCUUGCCUCAAGCUACUUAAAAUUGUUUCUUAUAGCAAUGAUGGUGUGGGAGUUUCCUUCAUCGGUGAUUUUCAUAAUUGACAUAUUUGUUUUGUCAUCCAACACGUUAGCUUUAAAAGUGAUGAGCGAGUCAGCGAUGGGUAAAUGCUUUGGAGUUUGCUUGUGUGCACAUAUUGUCAAGUUCCUCUUCAGUUUAACCCUCAAUGUUCACCUUCCAAACCUAAUCACUAGAUUGUUUGUACUCUAAACUAGAACAUGCAACAUCACAAGUGCUUAAUGUAACUGUGAUGAAUGUAUUUUAACUGUUUCUAUCAUUUGUUGUACAUUUGAGAUUAUACUUUUCUUUUACUGUAACACAUCUUACUAUAAAUUCUGCCUUAAUGAUAUAAUCAACUUUGCUUUAUUGUUU